UAGUGUGUCUACGACUGCGAUUUUUCGUUUUAGUUUUAUUCUUUUCGACCAGAGAAGCUUCUCAAUUACGGAAUGUGAUUAAUUAAUAAGUGUUGGACAACCCCUGCUCUUCUUAAACUGUUCCAGAGAAAUUUUGUAUCAGGCAAAUCAGUGAAGAAAGCGGCUUGCAAACAACACAACUUUCACGUCGAUCGACGACGGGCCACUGUUUGAAGUGUCUCUGCCAGCUGAAAGCUCUUGUGGUGUAUCAAAGUUUGGGGCUGUAGCCGUGAACGGUCAAUUAAUUUAAGAACUUUUGAAAAGCAGCAGUUUUUCGGUGUGGUUUCUGGGUUUGGUGGAAAUAUUUUGAGUAAACUUCGUCGACCGGGAAAGGUUAAGUUGGCUGGUCUUCGUAAUGAACCCGAUGUAACGUCAAUACAAUUUCUCGAGUUUGGGUUUGUGUCGACAGCUCAACACUCAGAAAGAUUAAAAACGAUACAGACUGACAGUCACAAGUCAGGAUAAUAUCCAACAGAAUAUCUCAUUUAUUAGUUCAUAUCUGAAGUAACCAUGGCGAACCAACUACAAAAUAAACCAGAGCGUGAAAUAGUGGUGGCCUCAGGCAUGAUACCUCGAAGUCCUGUUGUUUCCAAUGGCAACACAUCAAAUCCCACUCCCGAAAACAAGGACGAUAAACUUGUCACUCAUGGCAUUUCAAUGGUCUACACUUCAGCAUUAAGCAGCAAUUUAAGUCAGCUCGCAGAACUGGCAGCUAGCCAGGCACCAAGUCAAAUGGGACCCUUACCAACCUCCCUACAUCAGUACCAUACUGGCCAGGGCCUAGGUGGAACUAAGUAUAUAGUGCCUGGUCAAAGUGUCCCUCUUCCUUUAGGUCCACAACAGUCCCAAGUAGCAAUGUAUGGCCCUGGAAACCAAGGUCUACCUCUACCAACAAAUAUUCCUCCGCCGUUUCAGAAGGGAUCAAUAAUACAGCUAAAAAGUGGCGCACUUAAAAGAGUUGAGGAUCUGCAGACUGACGAUUUUGUACAAAGUGUAAAUUUGUGUCCUGAACUUAAACUUGAGACAAGUACGGUAACUUCCAUCAGGAAGAAUGACGAAGUUGGUAUGUCACUGAUUGGAUUUUCAAUAAAUAGUUCAAAAACACAGGUAACUCUUUCCUGUGCGGUCGAGCAUCCAUUUUUUGUGCUGGACAUAGGUUGGUCAUCUUGUGUUCCAGAAAAAUCACUUCAAAAGUUUAACCUUGCGUGUAAUCAUCUUAAAGUUGGUGACGUAUGUAUCUUCCUCUCACCAAAUGCAAUUCCAGUUCCCGUUUGUAUUCCACAAGGACAAAUGGUUCCGUCGCCUAAACUACAAGCGCCACAAGCAACUGGAAACCAACCUGGACAAACUGUCCAAAGCGAUCCAACAAACCAGCCGCAAAUUUUGCUGGAAAGCACACUACAAGGUAGUGCACCCAUACCUGCAAAUACGAUUGUUAUAAAACAACCAAACCCACCCGUGGCCGCAGCUUCUCCUGUCCCUCAAGCUAUAACCGCUGCACAGCCAAGUUCAGCGCAAGUUACCACGGUUAGCGCAAUUCCAACCUCUUCGGGAAUUCCUCCAGGAAACACGUUGUUCUUCGAUCCACAACUUGGCAUCCUGCGGUCUCCAAGUUUAGGAAGUCAAUUUGUGAAUCAACAAAUCGUGGGGACAACAUUGGAUGGGAAGACGGUGUCUUUACAAGGUGCACUGCCACCUUAUUAUCAAACUGUUCCAGCAUCAUUAGUAGGGUCACUGCCUACUCAAUCUGCUGUACCAAGCUCUAGUGUCCAGGGCCAGGCAGGUGUUGGAAAUGGUCUGCUUGUCACUGCAGUAGGUAUCGUUCCUGGUGUGAAUCAACCUGGCAUGGUGUAUGCCAGUCAGCUGUCAGAAAUGGCACAGAAACAAGGACUAGACACUGGCUCAGAGACUGUCACUCAAUCUGAUACUGGUCCACCCGUCGCCAAACGGACCAAAUUGGACGGACAGUGAUGAAUAUAGUUAUAGUGUUCAAUUGUUAUAUAUUACAUCUGCACCAUCUACUAUAAAGCAACAAUACAUUUUUUUCAUGACAUGAAAAUAAUAAGCCUCAGAUAUUUAUUAAUAAUAAGAUCAAAACAU